AUGGCCUUCGUCAGCCACAAAUUCUUUCAAGAAAAAGAGAGGCAAGUGGAAAAGCCUUGUGCUUUGAUCUUUGUCACCUUUGCUGCCAGUGCUGACCACCUGGGCAGCUCCAAACGUCCAGUCCAGUGGAAGCAAGAUGAUGAAGUAAGCAAAGUGUGUGAUCAGGAGAGCUCCUUGCUUAGCCCCAGGCCACAUCCUCUGGCAAAGGCUUCAAAGCCCUCCCUUUCCCCACACUCCCCACCCACUCACACCAAACACCCAAAGGGGCACCUACUUCCCAACCCCAACCACACGCACGCACCCCCCCUCCCCGCCCCGAGACAGCUGAGUUCUGUAUUUCCUCUUCCUCAAAGCGACUCCGGCGAUCGCGGUAGCCACUCUGCGCUCGGAAUUCCGGGCCCCCGGCUUGCCGCCGCCCCCUUCUGUGAAGGCGCGCCCGGUGCGUCCCCUCUCCGAGAGCCGAGAUUUCCACGAAGCUCCACAAAGCCCCUCGCCGCCUCUCCCGGUCUCGGCGGGGACCCCGGCGUGUCCCCGGGAGGAGAGUAUUUACUAACCAAAGCCCCCGGGUAUCCGUGCUGCCCAGACCGCCCUCUCCCGCCCUCCCAGCCCCCCUCCCUCCGGCCCAUCACCGCCCCCUCCCACGAGCGCGCUCGCUGGGGGAUUCCCUCCCAUCCCCGAGUGCAGGAGAAGACGCCGAGUCCGAGCCGCCAGCCGCUUCACUGGCUCUACAGGAAUCUUGACUCCAAGAUCCCAGCCCCACACAUUCCCGCUCCCCAACACCCCCGCGCCAGCGUCGCAACCCUCCGGCGCCCCCCUCCCGCAGACCCCGGUCGAAACGUCUCGCGGGCUCCCGGGCCCGGGCCCUGCGCUUCAUCCCCGGGCGCCGCACCUCCAGCGCCCCCUCCCUCCGCUCCCACUCCCACUCCCGCCGCCCCCCGAGCUCAGACUUCCCAACUGCAGAGCGCCCCGACGCGCCCGCAGCCCUCGCCCCGCCGAGAGCGGCGUCCCCAGGGAGGAAACAAAAGUGUCUCCGCGGCGCCCGGAGUCCCCCGGAGCAGGACACCUCCUCCCGGCCCCAGUCCCGGUCCCCUCCCCAGCUGCGCUGAGGUCAGCCAGUCGGGGCGCGGCGCCAGCCCAGGAAACUUUACGAACCUGCCGGGGUCUCAGGACAGCGGUGGCAAGGGUUCCUGGAGAUCAGAGCUCCGGCGACCCGCGACCACUGGAGGGGAACUGGAGGCUCUGUCGCCCAACGUGGGGCCGCGGCGGCGUGGGUGGCUCUGCCUCUAUCCUGUGCCCAUCCUCGCCCGCUCCCGCUCGCCCCAGCACACGCACUUACACUCCGGGUCGGCCGGCUGCUGCACCGCCGGCUGCCGCUGCUCUCACUUCCUCUUCCUUCCUCCUGCUGGCCAGAGACACAUUUUGCAUCUGCAAGGGAUCGGGAGAUCAGCCGCGAACUCUCCUCCCGAGCGGACGCUGCGGAGUUGCAGCCGCCGCCCCCGGCACCUGCGCCAGGACACUCGUGCAGAAAUCAAACACGUUAACUCCCAACCUAGCUGGCAGGAGGGAAGAGGAUUGCAGUAGAAACACCUGUCCUCACCCAAUUCAGAAAUACCUACAUUGGCAAAGGAGCCUAGCAUCCAACACAGUAUCACCUGCAACAGUUACCCCCAGGUCAAGGAGAGACUCAAGAUCUAAAAG